AUGUCUCAACUUCCCCUCUUUUCGUCGUCUUUUCGUUGGUGUGGUUCGAGACAACGAAGGGUUUUUCAGUGGCGACAGAGGAGGAAGUGCAACCAAACGGUGGUGGUCGGAGCUUCCGGAGCGUCUUCUUCGUCUUCUUCAGAGGAGGAAAAGGAUGAAGAAGCAAAGCGGUUGGUGUUUAAUCCAGCAGCCAUUUACAACGAAAUCUUCUGCGACGACGUAACAUUUUCCAAAGACGUCAGCCGGAAAAUCGCGAAAGAGGUGACGGAAUUACAUCCAGAAACGUAUAAACAUCCAGAGGAUUCAUUUUAUGGCGAAAUAGACGUGAAUUCGAUGCUCGAGUUGAUUGAUUUAGGGACGGAUGGGAAGAAUUUGGAUGGUGGAUUGCGAUACGUGGAUUUGGGGUGCGGGGUCGGGAAGCAAGUGGCGACGGCGGCGUUGUCGGGGAAGUUUGCCAAAGCGGACGGCGUGGAGAUUUGUCCGGAUUUAGCCGCGAAAGCGAUCGAAGGCAUCGCAAGGUUACGCGAAAAAUUAGAGAAAUAUAGCGAUAGUAGCCACGCGUGUGAAAUAUCCGUCUCUCAGGGCGAUGUGUUCGACCAAGACCUCUCUCAAUUCGAUUUCAUAUUCGUGCACGCGACGACGUUUCACGAUACGACGGUGGGGAUGUUGAAGGCGAAACUGUCGCGGGAGAUGAAAGUUGGCGCGAGAUUGGCGAUUGUGAGUAAAUUGUGCGACGAUAUCGUAAACUUUGAACCGCUGCAAUCAAUUCCAGGCGGGAUUGGGUGGAAACCUAUAUCGCAAGUAGACGAGAAAUGGCAACUCGAUUGUUAUCUCUACGAGAAGACAAAAGAACUCGAUUGA